CUCCAAGGUAGCCCUCAUUCCCUCGCUUCUCUUGAGAAGAAGACGGGUCGGAUUUACAGUACCAACUAGAAAGUCCAGUCCGACCGAGCGAGAUGUCACAGGAGCAUGACAAUAAGCGGGCGGUGCUGGUGCUACAGAAUGAUCCAGCUUACAGCCAGCGCCGUGCCUUCACCAGUGAGGAUGAAGCCUGGAAGUCCUUCCUGGAGAAUCCUCUCACUGCUGCCACCAAGGCCAUGAUGAGCAUCAAUGGAGAUGAAGACAGUGCAGCCGCUCUGGGCCUGCUUUACGACUACUACAAGGUGCCACGGGAAAAGAGGACAAUAUCCCAGCCAAAGGCUGACAUCCUGGGCUCUGAUGUGGAUCCUAACAAAAGCAGGAACCUCAUGGCUCAGCUCCCUGAGACCUCCAUGACGUCGGCCGACAACAGGAUCCAGGUGCUGAAGGGGGUCGUUCUUCCAGGGAACCUCGUCCUUCCAGGGAACCAACUUGCAGCCCAGGACAAGAAGGCCCUCUUCCCCUCACCUGACACCACUGUCACAGUGUCCAUCGCUGCGGUGCCCAACUACCCGGUCAAGACAGAAGGGCCAUCACAUGGUUUCUCCAUCACUGUCCCUAACCACCAUUGUUCAGAGCCGGAUAAUCAUGCAGUGGUUUUUGACCGGCAGCUCACUCACAAUCAGUUUAGCCCCAACACUCAGCCUCGCACACCCGAUUCUACCUUUCCAGAAACCUUCAAGGAUGGCACUCAGGAGGUGUUCUCAUUCCCAGGGGAUCUCCAGUUACGGAUGGCGCAGGAAGAGUACACCACUUUCGACACCGUGUCGGGUAAUAACUUUGAAUACACACUGGAAGCCUCAAAGUCUCUCCGGCAGAAGUCAGGUGACGGCACCAUGACGUACCUCAACAAGGGACAGUUCUACCCCAUCACUUUAAAGGAGACUGACAAUAGCAAGGUCCUGCAUCACCCCAUCUGUAAAGUCAGGAGUGUUGUGAUGGUAGUAUUUGGUGAGGAGAAAUGCAGGGAUGACCAGUUGAAGCACUGGAAGUACUGGCACUCCAGACAGCACACAGCCAAACAGAGGUGCAUCGACAUUGCUGACUACAAAGAAAGCUUCAAUACCAUCAGUAACAUCGAGGAGAUUGCCUACAAUGCCAUAUCCUUCACAUGGGACAUCAACGAGGAGGCAAAGAUCUUCAUCUCGGUGAACUGCCUGAGCACAGACUUUUCCUCUCAGAAGGGGGUGAAGGGUCUCCCCCUCAACCUGCAGAUUGACACCUACAGCUACAACAACCGCAGCAACAAGCCCAUCCACCGCGCAUACUGCCAGAUCAAGGUCUUCUGUGACAAGGGCGCUGAGCGCAAGAUUCGUGAUGAGGAGCGCAAGCAGUCACGUCGGAAGGGCAAAUGUCCUGAAGUUAACCCCGGACUGGCUCCCUACGUGGAUGUCAAGGUGCCCCUCCUGCACAAGCGCAGUGAUAUCACCACCUUCAAGAUGAUGACAGACUUGGAAACACAGCCUGUCCUCUUCAUUCCAGACAUUCACUUUGCCAGCUUCCAGCGUCAUCCUUUCUCUCCUGAGGAUGCAGAAGAUGGCUCUGGGAUGAAGAGAUUACCCUACUCAGAGGAGGAGUUUGGAUCUCCUCCCAGUAAAUUGGCCAGGGUGGAUGAACCAAAGAGAGUUUUGCUGUACGUUCGCAAGGAGAGCGAGGAGGUUUUUGAUGCUCUCAUGCUGAAGACUCCUACACUGAAAGGACUAGUGGAAGCGAUCUCAGAAAAGUAUGAAGUUCCUCUCGAGAAGCUGGGGAAGGUCUACAAGAAGUGUAAAAAAGGCAUCUUGGUGAACAUGGACGACAACAUCAUCAAGCAUUAUUCCAAUGAGGACACCUUCCAGAUCCAUAUGGAGGAGAUGGGGGGCAUGGUGAAGCUGACCCUCACUGAGAUUUAAAAGGUCUUCACCCCCCACCCCAUGGACUUGUUUACAUGACUCUGUCUUUAUGGCCUUGGAGGUACCUUAGGCCUUAUUCUGUGCACUCCACAUCUGUAUUUUCCUAUGUGUAGCCUAGGCCUUUGCUUUUGAACCCUUUUUUUUUAACCCCAACACCCCUUUGGUACACAUGGCUAAAGAGAUGUAAUAUGUAUGCACAUCUAUGCAUAAGUGUGAGUGAAUUCUCUUGAACACAAAAACGUAUGAUCUUGUUGUAAACACCUGUAUGAGCCAUAUGAUAUAUUUUGGUAAGAAUAACAAAGCAGAACAGAGUCACUCUAAAAGAAGAUGUCCACUUCAUACUCUGUCGGUAUUAUUCAUCUCUGAAAGACACAGCACUGGAAAUUUUAAUUUGUAGAGCUGAAUGCAUGCAGUAAAAGGGGCCAAGUGCAGGUCUUGUUGUAGAUAGAGGGACUCUGGGGCAUUCUCAUUGGUUUCUUUAUUUAUACAAAACACUGAGCAGUAUUUAGCGCGUACAGCAUAACCCCAUGUUCAGCAACUCUGUCAGGUACUGUGUCACCAGUGUUGUUUGUGUACAUAUGUGACUUUGAGCGUGUAGUGUUUGUGUGUACAAAUCUGUUGGGACAAAUCAGUUUCAUCCGAAAAACAGGUAGUCUGUCUUAAAGCAGAGUUGUGCAAUCCUUGCAUGUGACAGAGGGAAGAUAUUCUGAGAAGAAACGAGUAAACCCCAUCUUUGACAGGAGUCAAACAAAUCAUGCUUAAUGUGACAAGCCUGAUGCAUUCUUUUGUGCAGGAACACAGGUCAUCAUUCAUUUGCAUAAUUCUGAUCCAGUUGUCCUAUUAACAUGUUUGGAAAUUGCCAAAAUAGCUCCAUGGUUGCCCAAGGCUCUAAAUGUUCUGACAAAGCAUGAUAUAUGUACAUAUUCUGUGUGUUAUUGCUUGCAGUGUGUUGUUCCUGGAAAGUAUCUGCUGUUACUGAACCAAAAACCACCUUGCAAGACAAAAUGUGCAAGAAUUUCUGAGUGCAGAAUGUCAAGUUGAUAGUAUUACAUUUUAGAAUGUCAAAUAGGUUAUUCCUUAGCUUUAGAGCUAAACUUUCUCCAAAGUCCUAUUUUAUUAUACAGUCUCUCAAGUCGCCCUUUUUGGGGCCAAUUUUAACUACAAACUGUAUAGCAUCAGGGUUAUUUUUCAAACAUACAUAUCCACUGAUUUUUAUAUCAAAGUACUUAUUGACUAUAUAUUUAUUGAUAUACUGGGAUGGGCUAUUUUUUACAUUGUUCUACAAACUAAAUGUUUAUUUCUGUGAUAUACUGUUCUAUGCUGAAUGUUUUUUUUUAUAUGAAAUCAGUAUAAAACUCUAUAAAACUAUCAUGUAUUUAUGCAAAGGG